AUGUCGGCCUCAAAUCUGUCAAUCCACGCAUCCAAUCUAUCAAUUCAACAGCAGAAGAAAGUCUUACUGGAGCAGAAAGAGGAGAACGCGAUGCUCAGACAGAUUCUCACCGUGCAUGGCAUUUCCUUCGAGGCGGAACUUGAAAGACGAAAAGCUGCCCUUCGAGCCGGUGCCCGACACACCCAUACACACUCCUUUGGCAGCACUAUUGCUCAUUCCCAUCCACAACCCCAUGCUCCGUCGCAAGCACACUCUCAUUCGGUCUCGCAGGAUCUCAUGGGAGAUGCGAACUACCCCAUUGCUACGCCUCCUGCUACGGCAUCCGCCGUGAGCCCUCAGACUGGUUCAGAUUAUACAGAUACACAGGGUGGAAGAAACAUUAUUCCUUCAUAUUCGGGAUCUCAAAGGUUCCAAAAUGAGCAGCCCGGUGUUCCCGCAGAAUCAAACGCUUGGGGAGGCGAUAGUUUGGUGGUGGACGACAUACCGGGUAUUUUUGAAAAGGAGCCGCAGUUGGGUGUUGAGUUCAUCCUCUCCCUUGAAGAAUCCUGCCGAACUCAUAUGGAAUUUCUCUGCAGGCGAGCUGAGGACGACGAGGGCUCCGAGACAAUAUCCGGACACGCCUUAAUGGCAUCCUGCCCGCCCCCGACCCAAAUCGUUUCCACAGAACCGGGUCAAAUGUACCCCGUCCGGACCUACGAUAUACCGUAUCCAAAUCUAGCAAAACUUCUCAAUUUAAGUCGCCAACUUGUCACAGAUGGCCAGAUCACGCCCAUCAUGGCGUUACAGUAUUUAAAAAGCCACGACAUGUAUCUGUCAUUGACACGAGAAGAUGUGCAGAAUAUGAUGGACGACCUUAAUACUAAAAUCCGAUGCUACGGGUUUGGCGCAGUGAUUGAAGAUUUCGAGUUUAUGGACUCGUUCAGCAGCGUGAUAGCGAGGAAGCUGGAGCCUCUCAUGGAUGCUGACCCUGACGAUUCCAUGGGCCUCCCAGCUGCGCCCAGGAAACUUUCGUCGGACGGUCUGAUGUAUUCUUGA